GUCCUGCCCUCUCUCCACAGGUUAUGCCACUCUCCAGGUUUGCUGGGUGCCUGCCGGUGAAAGAGAAGGGUUGAUAUUUUGCCCAGGCCCUUAGGUCCUGAACCAAAAUGGCAGCUGGAGAGUCCCCUCCCGUAGGAGAUGUCUUCAUCGACUUGCAGCAGGGCAGAGAUCACGCAGAGAAAGCCUCUCCUGGUGCCGAGGACGAUGAGGACUUGGAUAAGACUUUAUCAAUCGAGAGAUUUGGGGACCUGAUAAGCAAGUCAGCAUCAAGCAAUCUGGAGAAGCAAAGUCGCAGCUACAAUGAGAGAGAUUUUGAAUUCCACCGCCAAACCUCGCACCACAUCCAUCAUCCCCUUUCCACUCACCUCCCUUCUGCCCUCAAGUUCCAAAAGAGGCCACCCCGUGCCAGCAGGAGGAAAAAAAGGAGGAGGAAAAAGAAGAAAACCUCAAUACCCCCCUCAGAGGUCACCCCCACCAUCCAGGAAGAGGACGAGGAGGGAGGAGAAGAGGAGGAAGAAGAGGAAGAAGAAGAGGAAGAAGGAGAAUCUGAGGCAGAGGAGGUCCAGGAGAAAGAAAUCUCUGCAGAGUCUGAGGCUGAAGCUCGUGGGAAGGACACAUCCCCUAAACUGGAGUCCCCAAGCAAACCAAAGUUCACCGUCGGCAGCGAUGAGGAGGAGUCCAGCAGCGCUCUGGCUCCCACACAGUUCCACGUGGAGGAGGAGUGUGGCAUCCUGUCCCCCAUGCCUCGCUUUGCUGACCUGCUGCAGGACAAGGGCCCUGCCUCUCUCCACAGCCCCCCUGGGCCUCGAGUGUCACGCGGGUGGGAGAAGCGCAAGGCCUGGGGCCAGGUGGCRAGUGGACAGCGGGUUACCUAUGACUUGAAGGAGAGGAUGUGCAUCGGCAGCAUGACCACCAUGGAGAGUGCAGCGUACCAGCGCGUCCCCACGGAUGAGGCUGAGGCUCAGAUGCUGGCRUCUGCUGACCUGGACGGCAUGAAAAGCCACCGCUUUGAAGAUAACCCAGGUGUGAGGAGGCAUCUGAUGAAAAAACCAUCUCGGAGUCAGAUCACUAGGACCAGCAAAAAAUUAGCAUCAACUCCAUCUGUCAAGAAAAAGAAGAAGAAGAAGAAGUUGGAUAGAAAGCCCCAUGAGGUGUUUGUGGAGCUGAAUGAGCUGGUGGUGGAUAAGAACCAGGAGAUGCACUGGAGGGAGACRGCCCGCUGGAUCAAGUUUGAGGAGGAUGUGGAGGAGGAUACAGCAAGGUGGGGGAAACCCCAUGUGGCUUCACUGUCCUUUCGCAGUCUGUUGGAGCUCAGGAAGACUAUUGCCCACGGUGCUGUCCUCCUUGACUUGGAGCAGACCACUCUGCCUGGCAUUGCUCACCUCAUGGUGGAGACCAUGAUCAUCUCUGACCAGAUCAGAGCAGAAGACCGAGCCAACGUGCUGCGUGCCCUGCUGCUGAAGCACAGCCACCCCAAUGAUGAGAAAGAGGGCUUCUUCCCAAGAAACCACUCCAGCUCCAGCAUGAACUCCAUCGUGGGAAACCACCACCACAACCACACCAUAGACACUUGCGUGCCUCUCAUGGGGGAAGAACGCAUUGAGAUGGCUGACCCCAAGGCCAGCGAGACCGAGUGCAAGGAGAAAAACCCWCAUCUCCAUAACUCUGAGGGCCACCGUAAAUACCUGAAGCUGAUGGAGAAGAUCCCUGAAGAUGCAGAGGCCACAGUGGUCCUUGUGGGUUGUGUGCAGUUUCUGGAGCAGCCAACCAUGGCCUUCGUCCGACUAAAUGAGGCUGUCUUCCUGGAAUCUGUCUUGGAGGUCCCAAUUCCCGUCAGAUUCAUCUUUGUAUUGCUGGGACCCAGCCAGGCCAACAUGGACUACCAYGAAAUUGGCCGCUCCAUCUCCACUCUCAUGUCUGACAAGCACUUCCAUGAGGCUGCAUACAUGGCAGAUGAUCGUCAAGACCUUCUCAAUGCAAUCAACGAGUUCUUGGACUGCAGCAUUGUCAUCCCCCCAUCAGAGGUGGAGGGAAAAGACUUGCUCAAAUCCAUUGCCACCUUCCAGAAGUUGCUGCUGAAGAAGAGGAAGGAGAGGGAGCAGAAGUCCAUGAAGGAGGGGACUGCUCAGGAAGCCAAAGAGCUGUGUGAAGUGAAAGCUGAGGAAGAAGAGGAGGAAGCUGAGGACGACCCUUUGAAGCGAACUGGGAUAUUUUUUGGAGGUCUAGUUCGGGACAUAAAGCGCAGGUACCCCAAAUACCUCAGUGACAUCAGAGACGCCUUGCACAGCCAGUGUCUCGCAGCCGUUCUCUUCAUCUACUUUGCUGCUCUCUCUCCUGCCAUCACCUUCGGGGGACUCCUAGGAGAGAAAACUGAGGGUCUCAUGGGGGUCUCCGAGCUGAUAAUCUCCACCUCGGUUUUAGGGAUCCUCUUCUCCCUGCUUGGAGCCCAGCCACUUCUGGUCAUUGGCUUCUCAGGGCCUCUGCUGGUGUUUGAAGAAGCUUUUUACAAGUUCUGCCAGACACAAGGCAUUGAGUAUCUGACAGGCAGAGUGUGGAUUGGUUUGUGGCUCAUCGUCUUCAUCUUCAUUAUCGUGGCAGCUGAAGGAAGCUUCUUGGUGCGCUAUAUCUCGCCCUUCACCCAGGAGAUCUUUGCUUUCCUCAUCUCCCUCAUCUUUAUCUAUGAGACCUUCUACAAACUGUACAAGGUGUUUGCAGAACAUCCUUUGCUGAAGUUCUACCCACCAGACGUGCAGAGCAGCCUGAAUGCCAGUGUGCUGUCUACAGAUGCGAUGUCCCUGGGAACCAGGAUGCAGCCCAACACUGCUCUGCUCUCCCUCAUCCUCAUGCUAGGCACUUUCUUCAUUGCCUUCUUUAUGCGCAAGUUCAAGAACAGCCGAUUCUUGGGAGGAAAGGCGCGGCGGAUCAUUGGAGACUUUGGGAUCCCCAUCUCCAUCCUGGUCAUGGUGCUGGUGGAUUACACUAUCACUGACACAUACACACAGAAGCUGAAUGUCCCCUCCGGCCUGUCGGUCACAUCCCCUCACAAGCGUGGCUGGUUCAUCCACCCCAUGGGCAGUAGUGGGACCUUUCCUCUGUGGAUGAUGUUUGCCUCUGCCAUCCCUGCCCUCCUGGUCUUCAUUCUUAUCUUCAUGGAGACGCAGAUCACUACGCUGAUUGUUAGCAAGAAGGAGAGGAAGUUGCUGAAAGGCUCUGGCUUUCACCUGGACCUUCUGCUCAUUGGCACUAUGGGGGGGCUUUGUGCUCUUUUCGGGCUGCCCUGGCUGACGGCAGCGACAGUGCGCUCUGUCACCCAUGUCAACGCCCUGACCGUCAUGAGCAAGGCCAUUGCACCCGGAGAGAAGCCCAGGAUCGAGGAGGUGAAGGAGCAGCGUGUGACCGGAGUGCUCAUUGCUGCCCUUGUUGGUCUGUCCAUUGUGAUGGGGAACAUGCUGCGGCAGAUCCCGCUGGCUGUGCUCUUCGGCAUCUUCCUCUACAUGGGGGUUACAUCGCUCACUGGCAUCCAGCUCUACGAGCGGCUGCUCCUGAUCUUCAUGCCCUCCAAGCACCACCCUGACCACAUCUACGUUGUCAAGGUGAAGACCUGGAGAAUGAAUCUCUUCACCUGCAUUCAGCUGGCCUGCAUUGUUCUGCUCUGGGUGGUGAAAUCUACGGUGGCAUCGCUGGCCUUCCCCUUUGUCCUGAUCAUGACAGUGCCAUUGCGACGCUUUGUGCUGCCUCGCUUCUUCCAYGACAGGGAGCUCAAAGCGUUGGACUCGGAGGAUGCAGAGCCAAAUUUCGACGAGGAUGGCCGGGACGAGUACAACGAGCUGCACAUGCCUGUGUGAGCUGGGAGCUGCCCUCCCCACUCACGGGACAGGCGGCUCAGGCCUGCUCACCCCUCCCAAGGACGAA